AUGUUUUCCAAAAAAGAAGAAAGUGCUCCGGAUAAUUAGAAUUCUAAAAAUAUACUCAAUGAGUUUGAAGAUAAAUUCUCGCCUUUUAAAGUCGGAGACCUAGUUCAAAAUCGAUUUCUUAUCAGUCAUAAAAUAGGCCAAGGUUCGUUUGGAUCCGUAUUCAAGGUUAAUGAUCAAAACAAUAAUAACGUGACAUUUGCUAUAAAAAUUCAGUCGGAAGAUGAUGAAAAAAAUUUAUUAGAAAGAGAAAUAAAGGUUUUAAUUGAACUAAGAAAAUAGAAAGGGUUUCCAUAAAUACGGUUUUAUGGGUAAGAGAGAGGCCAGACUUACUGCAUAAUGCAGAUGUUAGGAUAAAAUUUGGAAUAAAUAUUUAAGAAACUUGGGAGUGUUAUGAAAUUAGGAAGUGUGUUGAGAUUGGGAAUCUAAAUGAUUGAAAGAAUAGCAAUAAUGCAUCAAAGUCGAUUUUUACAUAGAGACAUCAAACCUGACAAUUUUGUUAUAGAUGGCCCUGGCAAUCCUAGACUAUUAUAUUUAAUAGAUUUUGGGUUGUCUAAAUAUUAUAUUAAUAAAAAAGGAGAUCAUAUUGUCUAAGCUAAAAAGGGUGGAUUGAUUGGGACAGCUCGAUACGCAAGUGUAAGUGCUCAUGAAGAGAUUGAACAAUCACGCAGAGAUGAUCUGGAAAGCAUUGGAUAUGUUUUAAUCUAUUUAGCUAAAGGAGCAUUACCAUGGAUGAAUUUAUAAAUAGAAAAAAAAGAUUUAAAAUAUGCGAAAAUUAAGUAAAUAAAAAAAGAAAUUAAAAUUAAUGAAUUGUGCUAGUCACUACCAAUAUGCUUUGAAUAAUUCAUGACAGAUGUAAAAUCUUUAGAGUUUAAAGAGACUCCUAAUUAUGAGACAUUGAAAUCUUACUUUGAGAAACAAAUUGAACUUGAUAAUAAAUAGCAAUCAAAUAUUUAAUAGCCAUUUGUUUAUGAUUGGGAACGCUUGUCUGAAUUUACAAAAUAAAAAAAACAUUAAACAAUUCAUGUAAUGGAAAAUUAAACAAAAAAUUAAGCUAUCCAAAUUGUAGUUAAUCUAAACAAAUAAAAUUAAAUGGCCAAAUAAGACUUAUUUUUAAACCAAUAAAUAACAAAUUCAUAACAAAAUCCAGUCUAAAUCGAAUAAAAUAAAAAUGAAAAAAAAAUAGAAUAACAAUAAGAUUUGACAACUCCUAGCAAUUAAUUAACAAGUCAUCCUUUCGCUAUAAAUGUUAUCGAAAACUAAAAAGAUUAUUUAUAACCUAUAAAAUUAGAUGAAAGUAGAAUUACAAGAAUUUAAAAUCAUUCUACAACACUCUUAUAAAAUCCUCAAUUCAAUUCAUCUUUCUAGUUUGAUUCAUUUCUUUAACCUUCUAUAGCAACAUCUAGAAUGAAUAACUACCUUGAAAGCGAAAGCGUUAAUAGUGAAGGCAAUGUUCUACCUAUUUGGGAUAUAAAUGAAUCAUAGCAAGAAGUUAAGAGAACUGGAAUUUUGGAAGGAAUCAGAAAGCCUAGUUAAGUUAUUCUGAGAAGAGAGAGGAAGAUUCAUUCAUAAAUUGAUACUCUAAAAUAAAUGUAAGAUCUAUUCGUUCAUCCUAAAUAAAUAGAUGGAGACAAUGAAACAAGUGUAGAAGGAUUAGAAUGAAACGAGACUCAUUUAUUAUGUAAUAUAAUGUACUAAACCUUUACCAAUAAUUCUAAAUAAUAA